AUGGCGCAGUGCUUGGCGAUCGGCUGGGGAAUUGAUUUGGCGAUGGAGAAUGGCUUUGGUUCCUGUGAAGUGGAGUCAGACUGUCUAGGUGUGGUUCAGAAGCUCCAAAAGGAGGAAACGACGUUGUCGAAAGAAGAAUGA